AGAGAGAGAGAGAGAGAGAGAGAGAGAGAGAGAGAGAGAGAGAGAGAGAGAGAGAGAGAGGGAGGGAGGGAGAGAGAGAGAGAGAGAGAGAGAGAGAGAGAGACACUGCAGUCGCUGAGCGCCACUGCAAUUUCGGGAGAAACUACCAGCGGACAGAAGCCGAGGAGAAAUCUUUCUAAAUAUACAGCAAACCCCAGCGAGCGUGUGGCAGUAGCGAGCCUAGGAUGGUGUCUUCGAGAGCGGAUGUGGUCUAUAGUAUCGCAUGGACAUUUCUUGUACAGUUACUGCUGGGAUCGCAGGUCCAGGUGCAAGAUGUUGGUCUUCGGGAAGAUGUCCUGACUGCUACGUCUGGCCACCUGUUGGAGACGGGUCGGGGAGCUGAGGACCAGGAGAGGGGCGAGAGGAGACUGGAGGGGAGUGUCGCUGCGAGUGUCGUUCACCCUGGCCCCGACCUCUUGCAGGCGGUGUUGCAGAAGAAGGAUCUCCUCCAGCGGGAGUUUCGCCUCCUGCCCUCCGCCAUUCCUGGGGGGCUACCCCUGCAGCGACCCCCGCCCAGGCAGAGGCUUUCUUCCGCCAUUCAGGCGGAGUCCUACGGCAAACGGAUAACCCGCUGGCCUCCGAGCUGGUGGACCCGUCCCCGUCUCUGUCCCCGUCUCCGUCUCCGUCUCCGUCUCCAGACGCCGCCGUCUCCUCGUCCGUCUCGAUGGGGAAGGAGAGGCCAGGAAGCGGGGACGGUUCAGCCAACAUCGGGGAGGGAGAGCACCGCGCCGUCUCGCCGCCGAGCCCCGGCGAUCACCGGGCGACCCAACCCGGACGCCACACGACCGCCGGCAGCCCCGACGACUCCGACUCCGACUCCACAGAGGACGAGCCACCGAGAGGGAGGUCCACCCCUCUCACCGACGGGCGCACGACCGCGGCGGCCACCGCUUCUCCCGGCGAGAGCUCCUGAGGCCGGCACGCUGGAGGAGGCAACGCCGGGAGGAGGAGAGGGGGUCGUGGACACCAGCACCACCGUCACCAUCAUCACCACCACCGUGGUCACCUCCCCGCCCACCGCAGUCCCGUGCAGUAUAAGCUUCUCCGGCUCGGAGGGAUACAUCGACUCCACAGACUAUCUGCCACUGUCAGCGUACGGCUCCAUGCAGUGCUCAUUUAAUGUGACCGUCUUCAUGGGCUAUGGAGUGGAGCUCCAGGUGAAGACGCUGAACCUCUCCGAGGGGGAACAACUGUCGAUCCGCGGAUUGGAGGAGGACAGGUGGAUCGUUCUGGCAAAUCAGGUGCUGCUGGUGGAAGGCCAGGUCAUCCGCAGCCCGACCAACACCAUUUCCGUUCACUUCCGCUCCUUCCAGUACGGCGGCAUUGGGUCCUUCCGACUGCAUUAUCAGAUUUUCAUGCUGAGUUGCAACUUUCCACGGAGACCUGACUACGGAGACGUGUCGGUCUUGGAUCUGCACGCUGAUGGCACUGCACACUUCCGCUGUAACCCUGGUUACCAGCUGCAGGGGUUGCAAUCGCUGACCUGCAUGAAUGCAUCACAACCGCACUGGAGCACCAAGGAGCCAAGCUGCAGAGCGCUCUGUGGUGGGACGAUAUCUAACGGCACUAUAGGAAGAGUGUUGUCGCCCAAUUACCCCGCCAACUACAGCAACAACCAGACCUGCACUUGGACCAUCGCUGGAACCAAAGGGCAGAAGUUCCACAUGCAUUUUGAGAAGGUUUCACUCGCUGGGAAGGAGGACAGACUCAUCAUCUACAACGGACAGGACACCAACUCCGCCGUGUUGUACGAUUCCUCACGGAACGAAUAUUUCCCUCUGGAAGGUCUAAUCAGCAACGGGCGCUUUGUCCAAGUCGAGUUCACCUCCGAUGAGACGGCAACUGCGGGAGGGUUCAACAUUCGGUACGAAGCCUUCGAGCGCGGACACUGCUUCGAGCCGUACCUGCAGAAUGGGAACUUCACCACGACCAGCCCGUCCUACAGCGUUGGAUCGGCGGUGGAGUUCAGCUGCGACCCUGGUUACACCAUGGAGCAUGGAUCACCCACCAUCGAGUGCAUCGACAUCAGGGACCCUUACUGGAAUGGAACGGAACCGCUCUGUAGAGCCCUGUGCGGUGGAGAGCUGAACAGCCAGGCAGGGGUCCUCCUCUCCCCAAACUGGCCCGAGCCGUACGAUGAAGGAGAGGACUGUAUCUGGAGGAUCCACGUGGGGGAGGACAAGCGCGUGUUACUUGACGUUCAACUCCUGAACCUCACCAACAGUGACAUUCUGUCGCUGUACGACGGAGACGACCUAACCAUGAGGAUCCUGGGCCAAUUUGUUGGAACCAAUGCCCCCUUGAAGGUUUAUUCCACCACGUCCGAUCUUACCGUCAGAUUCCAUUCCGAUCCUGCAGGAUUAAUUUUUGGGAAGGGCCAGGGAUUUAUCAUGAACUAUUACGAGAUGUCUCGGAACGACACGUGCUCCGACCUUCCGGAGAUUCCCAACGGCUGGAAAACCACGUCUCACAGGGAGAUGGUGCGCGGGACGAUGACCACCUUCCAGUGCGACCCGGGCUACGACAUCCUGGGGAGCGACACGCUCACGUGCCAGUGGGACCUGACGUGGAGCAGCGAUCCUCCGUUCUGUGAGAAAAUUAUGUACUGCACAGACCCAGGCGAUGUCAAGCAUGCCAGCCGCACCAUUUCAGACAGCAAGCUCCUGGUGGGAUCCACCAUCCAGUUCAGCUGUGACGCCGGCUUCAUACUGGAUGGGAACGCGCUGGUGACCUGCUACAGCCGAGAGACAGGCACACCACUGUGGACAUCCAAACUGCCGCACUGCGCUCCGGAGGAGUCGGUGGCAUGUGAGAACCCGGGACUACCAGAGAACGGCUACCAGAUCCUGUACAAGCGGCUGUACCUACCGGGAGAGACGUUGACCUUCAUGUGCUACGAAGGCUUCGAGUUGGUUGGAGAGGUGACCAUCAGAUGCAUCAUUGGCCACCCAUCACAUUGGAGUGGGCCACUGCCCUCGUGUAAAGCUGCUCAGUACAGCUUCGAGCACUCGUUGGAAGCUGCGGAGGCGGCCGCAGAGAGGCCAAUGGAUGGUGGGAACAUGGCGUUGGCAAUAUUCAUCCCCAUCCUCAUCAUCUCCAUACUACUGGGGAGCGCCUACAUCUACGUCACUAGGUGCCGCUAUCACUCCAACCUGCGUCUACCCCUGAUGUCCUCUCACCCAUAUAGCCAAAUCACGGUGGAAACAGCCUUUGACAAUCCAAUCUACGAGACAGGGGACACCAGAGAAUAUGAAGUCUCCAUAUGAACCAGGACAUGGGACAAGGCGGAAUGUUGGGAUGCCUCGAUACUGCCAGAGCCUCUCCGACACCGUACCCCCCGAGAAUGACAUUUCUCCACACUUUCCGUGCCCGAGCUGCCAUCAUUUACCUCCUCGACAUGGAUGCUUUCCCAAGUGUAAUGUAACCCAAGCUGUGUCCUGUCUCUCCCCCCCCCCCCCCCCCACUGUAAAUAAGCCUUGCAAUGCAACCUGGGACAAGCUCCCCGCCUUUUCCUGAUGUUGUUCGGAAGCAAAAACUGAGUAUUUAAAGGAGAACAAAAUAAGAGUUGAAAACUAAAAUGUACAGCCAUUUAUUUUUGGUCAGAGCAAUUCGCAAGUAUCCACUUCAAAUAUUAAAUUCAUGCCCAUUUGAAUGCACUAAACAAAUAUAUAAAUUGCAGACGCAAGGAACUGCAGAUGCUAGGAUCUUGCGUAGAGCACAGAGUGCUGGAGUAACUCAGCGGGUCAGGCAGCAUCUCCGGAGGACGAAGAUAGGUAAUGUUUCUUCAGAUUGAGGAAGAAGGAUCCCGACCCGAAAUAUCACCUUUCCAUGUCAUCCAGAAAUACUGCCUGCCUGACCUGCUGAGUCAUGCCAGCACUUUGAGCUCUGAGCUAGAUAUUUAGCUAGAUAGCUAAAUAGCAUCAGUGCAUUGUAUAAGAAGGGACUGCAGAUGUGAAAAGGUCAAAUGCUUUAAAAUAUAAGUUAUAAUAGUCCAGGAUGCUGGUUUACACCGAAGAUAGACACAAAAUGCUGGAGUAGCUCAGCGGGACAGGCAGCAUCUCCGGAGGGAAGGAAAGUCUGAAGAAGGGUCUCAACUGAACAUGUCUUUCUCUCCAGAGAUGCUGCAGUUACUCCAGCAUUUUGUGUCUAUCUUCAGUGCAUUGUGCUCUGCCACUGAAAUUCAUUACAUUGACGUUAAUUUUGGAUGCACAGUACAACUUGGUGACACGACACCAUAGCGAGCUUAACGUUACCAAACAUGCACGGGAAUUUUUCCAGCAUAUUUCCUCUGUUCCAGGGAUGCUAUGUUAACUUUAAUAGCAAGCGAUGGAAGAUGCUGGGAGUCAAAACGUGCAGGAAAGAACUGCAGAUGCUGGUUUAUUCGAAGAUAGACACAAAAUGCUGGAGUUACUCAGCGGGACAGGUAGCAUCUCUGGAGAGAAGGAAUGGGUCUCGACCCAAAACGUCAUCCAUUCCUUCUCUCCAUUGAUGCUGCCUGUCCCACUGAGUUACUCCAGCAUUUUGUGUCUAUGUUGGGAGUUAAGGUGGAGUACGGAAUUAGUCCCUGAAAGAUGUAUUUCCUGGGCACAAUAUCCAUGUGGAAAUGGAACUUAAUAUCACAAGAGUUUGGUAUUAAGAUGGUCCAAAAUGGUGGUUAACCAUGGCAGGGGAAAUUAGGAAAUGGAUUCCAUUUAUUUUAGCAAAAUAGCCUUGAUGAAUAUUUUGGUAGUAUAUUCUUACACACAGACACUAUCAUUCAAAAUACCCCUCUCCUCUAACGUUUAAAUUAAGGAUAGGCUUCUAGUUGACUUUGUUUGUUGAUUCGAUUGUUGAAUCUGAGCAUUUUGUAAAGCAAAGGCAUUAGGGACAAGAGUUGUUGUACAGAAUUAAGGGCCUGUCCCACUUUGCGAUGUUUUUCGGCGACUGCGAACAUCAGUGGCUAACGCCCUAAAAACCGUCAAGUUGUACGACAUUCCGCGUCACCAAUGCGUCAAGCCGCGACACUCCGCGUCACCCGCCUUCACGACACAAGAAGGUUACACCGAAGUAUAAUGGUUACAUUGGAAAUGAACGGCCUAUGUUUCGACACUCUCCCAUAACGGGAGUACUGCUUGACGAAUAUUUUCCAAACGUCUCCUUUAUGCCGAUCUGUACACCAUCUGUGUACGUACUUUCGCAGUAUAUUUAUAUCCUGUUUAUACAGGCACAUACAGUGCCCUCUAUAAUGUUUGGGACAUAAAGCCAUCAUUCAUUUAUUUGCCUCUGGACUCCAGAAUUUGAGAUUUGUAAUAGAAAAAAAAAUCACAUGUGGUGAAAGUGCACAUUGUCAGAUUUUAAUAAAGGCCAUUUUUAUCCAUUUUGGUUUCACCAUGUAGAAAUUACAGCUGUGUUUAUACAUAGUCCCCCCCAUUUCAGGGCACCAUAAUGUUUGGGACACAUCAAUGUCAUGUAAAUGAAAGUAGUCAUGUUUAGUAUUUUGUUGCAUAUCCUUUGCAUGCAAUGACUGCUUGAAGUCUGGGAUUCAUGGACAGCACCAGUUGCUGGGUGUCUUCUCUGGUGAUGCUCUGCCAGGCCUGCAUUGCAGCCAUCUUUAGCUUAUGCUUGUUUUGGGGGCUAGUCCACUUCAGUUUUCUCUUCAGCAUAUAAAAGGCAUGCUCAAUUGGGUUCAGAUCGGGUGACUGACUUGGCCACUCAAUAAUUUACAAUUUUUUAGCUUUGAAAAAAUCCUUUGUUGCUUUAGCAGUAUGUUUGGGAUCAUUGUCUUGCUGUAGAAUGAACCGCCGGCCAAUGAG